AUGACGAUGGAGGUGGAAGCCAUUAUUGAAAAGAAGAGCAAGAAGCGAUCUGCUGAAGCUCCUAUCGAUGCCCAACCUGAUGCUCCGGGCACAAUCAUCAAAAAGAAGAAGAAAAGGAAACAUAGAACUGACAUCAACAAUGGCACUCCUGAUCAACCUGAUCAACAACAACAACCUCCGGCAACAAAGGCUUUGGAAAAACUCAUGAAGCUAAAAAAGAAGCAAAAGGAAGCGGAAUUAUUGGCCUUGACUACCGGUGCUUCCACAUCCUCUACUCCUCCUGUUGAACAACAGCAACAGCAACAAGUUCAACAACAUGUCAGCCCUCCUCAGCCAUUUGUCUACCAGCAUAGUCCAUUCCUCGGUCCCAUGCUGCCUCGUAUGUCUACUCCACCCAUUAUAGAGCAGGAUACCGAUAUAGCCGAUGUACAUCGUAAUUUGGAUGACCCACGUGAAAUGGAAGACUUGACGCGUACUCACCUACCCAGUCAUUCCGAAGGUGAGGAGCAGCCUCUACCCCAACCUAAACGAAAGAAAAGUCGUAAAGGUGCUGCUACUACUACUUCUAAUGGUACUGGUGAUGCAGAUUCUCCGUUGUUGAAUAGUAUUCUGAGUAUGGUACAACAGUCGCAACUUCUCCAACCACUACCAGAGCAACAUAUCAUGAACGAAGAAGAAGAUAUAGAACCACGUGGUCCAACUAUAGACGACUUCUUGCCACCAGCCGAAAUGGAUAAACAAGAUGGUAGCAAAACGACCAAGAAGAAGAAGGACAAACAGAGUAAAAGGAGCAAGGAGAAUAAGGACAAGCAUGUAACUCCCCCUGUUAUGGAUGAUCCUCCUCCGACUUUUGUACCUCCCAUCCGUGAAGCAGAAUCAGGUCAACGUCCCAUAGUGCCAACAACAUAUAUAGCACCUGAAGAUACAGGACCACGAGAAGAAGCAGAUGAUACUACUAGAAGUGAACCCGAUAGAGAAGAACUAGAACGAGACGAACAAGAAGAGCCAGAAGCAGAUGCCGACGACGACGAUUAUGAUGAAGGAGGCAAUGCCUCUUCCACUUCUGCAUCCAAACGAAAAAACAAAUACUCUCGCUUCCGAUCAGCACUAUCUGGUGUAGAAUAUAAAAAACCCGAAACGUCUCGCCAACAAACUAUCAGCCGAGGUGAAACCGCUCGUGGUGCCUUUACAAAAACCGAACGUGACAACGUAGAUGCUGCACUCGCAGAAUAUCUCACAUCAUAUCGUAUAUCCGAUGAAGAUAUUCCACUGCUUCUUCGCCGUCGAUAUGGAGGCACUCAUGCCCACUUGCAUCAACAAGUCUUUGCCAUCAUACAUACAAACGCUAGUAUAAAUAGAUCCAAGGAACAAGUACAACGAUUCUUGUUACAACGCUACCCAUUACACAGUCAAGGACCAUGGUCUGCAGAAGAUGAUAACAAGCUACGAGAACUAGUUACACUCCACGGUCAUCAAUGGAAGCGUAUUGAAGAAGAUAUGGGUCGUAUCAAUUGUAAAGAAAGAUAUCGCGUUGUUGAAGCCAAAGAUACCGGACUCAUGAAGGCUGGUAAAUGGUCGCAAGAAGAAGAAGAUAAACUUGUUGCUGCUGUCAAGGAACUGAUGGAAAAACGAAACGUUAAGGAUCCUAUGGCUAUUCGAGAUUGGACGUACUUGGCGAAGCAGGUUGGAAGUCGUCGACCACAUCAGUGUAUGAGGAAAUGGAAUGAUGGUCUACAUGUGAAGCUAUCUGCCGAGUCUGGAUUGCUCUAUGGAGUGCCAGGAGCUCGUUGGAAUCGAGACGAUGAUCAAACGCUUCUGGAAAGAAUGCUGCAACAAAAUGCCGUUGAUGAAACUGAAAUCAAAUGGUGGAAUCUUGGAGCUGGCAGGAAUGGAUGGCGAUACUGGCCAGGAGAUACUCUACAAGACAAAUGGGUUUGGUUACGAAACCGUAUUCCCAAAUUGGAGACCAGAACCUUUUCUGAAAAUAUACAAUGGGGACUUGAUAAUUUGGAUACGAUACGAAAGGGAACCAAAGAUCAUCCCAAUUCUGGACGUAAACCGUCUCGCAAAAGGGUUACUCCUCUUGAUGACGAUGAAGUUGUUAGUGAUAGUAAUGCUGAGGAAGGGAAUGAUAGUGGUGACGAAAUUGAGGGAGAAGAGGAAGAAGCAGAUGAAGAAGGAGAGGAAUGA